UCCGAUCUGUGAGCUGCCGCCCCGCUCACUCGUCUUCCGCACUUUGACGUGAACGCUUGCUCCCUGGUUUGGUUUUUUUUUUUUGGGGAAAACGUCGCCACCGAGGGAAAAGGCAAAGAUGACUCAAGUGAACAGCUGCGUCAAGAUAAGCUUGAUCGUGUCCAACGUUUUCUUCGCAAUUGUAGGGGGCGCUUGUCUCUGCUUGGCGCUGCUGCUGCAGGUGCUGACACACUUCAGUGAUGCAUCGCUGGAGGGCCGCUCCGCCGGCCUGACUCUGCUGUACGUGGCGGGCGCCGUCACCGUGGUCGUCGCCGUCGUGGGCGCGUACGGCGCUAUCCGACAGAGUCGACCCGCGCUCGUCGCGUUCCUGGUGUGCAUGGUGAUCGGCACGCUGCUGAUGUUGCGCGUCGGCACCUCCGUGGCGGCCACGCGUCCCGAGAUCGAGGGCGGGAUGGCGGAGAGGUUUCGCCAGCUGCUGCCGUUGGAUGUAGCCAAAGAGAAGACUCAGAUCAUCGCCAACGCCGUUCAAGAAAAGCUGCAUUGCUGCGGCUUGUUCGGCUCGGACGACUGGCGCCAGAAGCUUCCGGACUCGUGCUUGUGCGACGCGCUGGAUCAGGUGGAGGGCAAAUGUCACGACGUCAGCUACAAGGUGAUGACGCCCCAGAAGAAGUCCGUCUUCCAGCCGUGCUUCCCGAUCAUCGUCCGCUACGUCUUCUUGGCCUUUGACGUGGUGACGGGGAUCGCCUUCGUGUUGGCCACCUUGGCGCUGCUGGGUCUGACGCUGUCGUCCAUCCUCAUCCAUCAGCUGCGGGCGAGCGCGCGCCCCGCCGUGCUGCUGGUGCCCACCAUCUUCAAGCCGGGGCCCCCCAAGUACCGGGAGCUCCACGACGUGCCCGUCGUCUACUAGGCCGCUGAAGAAAGCGCGGCCGUUUUGUUUUGAAAUAAAAAGCACAUUUCUGCUUUGA